GGGCGCCCAAGGACGUCCAGACGGUGGGCGCAGCGACUCGCACUUUGCGACUCGGAGCCUCUUUGCCCAGGCGGAGCCCACCCCUCGCCCUCUUGCGCGCGGCAGCUUACAGCAGGCUUCCGGCAUGAGGCAUUGUGGGCAGUAUAGUCCUCUCGCAACCUCCCACCGCGUACGCGCGGCUCACCGGACUACAUUUCCCUUCGGCCCGCGCGCGCCCCGAGCCGCGUCGGCUCCAGCCCCCGACGAACCGAGAGUCUCCAAGAUGGCCGCGUGGGGAAGGAGGCGUCUGGGUCCCGGCGGCGGCGGAUCCCGAGAGAGGGUUAGCCUGUCAGCUACAGACUGCUACAUUGUACAUGAAAUCUACAGUGGGGAGAAUGCCCAGGACCAGUUUGAGUAUGAGCUGGAGCAGGCGCUGGAAGCCCAGUACAAGUACAUUGUGAUAGAGCCCACCCGAAUUGGAGAUGAGACAGCACGCUGGAUCACCGUAGGCAAUUGCCUGCACAAGACGGCUGUGUUGGCAGGUACUGCCUGCCUUUUCACCCCAUUGGCACUGCCCCUGGAUUACUCCCACUACAUCUCCCUGCCUGCUGGAGUGCUGAGCCUGGCCUGCUGUACCCUCUAUGGGAUCUCCUGGCAGUUUGACCCUUGCUGCAAGUACCAGGUGGAGUAUGAUGCCUAUAAACUGUCCCGCCUGCCUCUGCACACGCUCACCUCCUCCACACCAGUGGUGCUGGUUCGGAAGGACGACCUGCACAGAAAGAGACUGCACAACACAAUAGCCCUGGCUGCCCUGGUGUACUGUGUAAAGAAGGUUUAUGAGCUCUAUGCGGUAUGACUGCAGGAGAGUGGGACGAGAAGCAGAACCACAGGGCCCACAGGACUCAGAUCUCUACAGCAACACUGGGUUUUCUCUGUGAAGCAGCAGCACCUGGGAAAGUAUUUGGUUUAAUACAUGUUAUUUUUUUAAGCAAAAAUAACAGAUCAUGGGUGUGCCAGGGUACACCAUUACACAGCUCAUUACACUAAGAUGUCUAUUUCCAUAACCCAGGAGUGGCUCCCAGGCUGUGGAAGUGUGACUGAGCAAUGGAAUAUGGAUAGAAGCCAAUGCUACUUUCUGAGGGGUAUGAACUUGCUGUGGGGGUGUCUUAAGUAUAUUGUUUAACUAUACCAUUCAGAAGCCAAGCGGAAGCUAUUGACCAUUAAAAUUAUGAGCAUUUCACUUCUGUUCUCUUUUUCUGCCUGUGUCUGCAGCUGCUGCUGUGUGUGGGAUGGGCAAAUGCUGCAGACACAUCUGCUGUGCCUCCUUGCAGCAGAGUGGCUCUAGAGCUGAUAUUCUGCCAGAAAGAAUACUUAAUAGAAAUAGCUACCCUGGCUUCUGGCCUGCUAGUCUAGCCCAGUCGUGGUCCCCCUUAGCCAUGUUGUUACCACUGGUGAUGUACUGGUUAAGGAUCCAGCAGGAUAAGGUGGCCUUGGUUUCCCUCUGGCUCACCUGGGAGCCUCAUCAUCCAGAAGCCCUUCUCCAAAGACUGACUUAAAAGAGAGCACAGAAAUCUGCUGUUACAGAGUCCUGAGUUCAUCCCAGUGCCCCAGGCUGUGGGAGGCGCCUUUGCCCAGGGCAGUGAAUCUUGCAAGGUUUGUUUUUGAGACUGUCUUUCUUGCUAUACUGGAACUUGGCUGUGUAGACCAGGUCCAGGCCUGGGGUUAAAGGCAUGUGUGCCACCA